CCACUUCCCAGCACGUGCACCAUCUCUGUCUUUCUUCUUCCCCAUUCCAGCACGCGCGUUAAUUUUCUUCUCUUUCUCUCUCUGAUACUUUUCAAUAUUCUUUCUUUACCAUUUCCACCAAUUCACUCACUACAUUUUCUUCUACACUCCAUAGAAAAAUCUCCUUCGCUCCACACACACACACACACACACACACACACACACCAUAACUGCCAUGUAACCCUAUCCACCCAAAUGCACCCAUACAACCGUCUUCCAUCAUCAUCCAACACCAACACCCCCUCACCACCACCCUCCCCACUCCGCUCCCCUCGUCUCCGCCACACCCGCUCCAAAACCGCUCCUAAACCCUCUCCCCGAACCAUCCCCCAACGACUCUCUUACCUCUUCCUCUCCGGUCUCCUCCGCCGUCAAGGCAUCUUUCUCUUCGCUCCUCUCCUCUACAUCUCCUGUGUGCUUCUCUACUUCAGUUCGUUCUCCUUCGACGUUGUUCCGUUCAUUAAUCACCGUUCCGCUCCUGGCUCUGUUUAUCGUAGUCCUCAACUCUACGCUAAACUGAAAUUCGAAAUGGAUGAAGAUAAUUCUUCAGUUGACGCGAUAUCAACAAUAUGGAAGAGUCCAUAUAAAGGUCGUGAAUGGAAACCAUGCGUUCACACAUCUUCAGAAGGCCUUCCUGAAUCAAAUGGAUACAUUUAUGUAGAGGCCAAUGGUGGCUUAAAUCAGCAAAGGAUAUCGAUAUGCAAUGCUGUUGCGGUGGCUGGCUAUCUUAAUGCUACUCUCGUGAUCCCUAAUUUUCAUUAUCAUAGCAUAUGGAAAGAUCCUAGCAAGUUCAGCGACAUUUACGAUGAAGAAUAUUUUGUCAAUACCUUGAAAAAUGAUGUACAGAUGGUUGAAAAGAUACCUGAGCACCUGAUGGAAAGAUUUGGCAGCAACAUGACAAAUGUUUUCAAUUUCAGGAUCAAGGCAAUGUCAUCCAUUCAGUAUUACAGAGAUGUGGUACUCCCAAAGUUAUUUGAAGAACAGGUUAUAAGGAUCUCACCUUUUGCAAAUAGAUUGUCAUAUGAUGCUCCUCCUGCUGUCCAGCGUCUCAGAUGCUUAGCAAAUUACGAGGCUUUACGAUUUUCAAGUCCCAUAUUGACCCUGGCUGAAUCUUUGAUUGCAAGAAUGAGGAAGCAAAGCAUAAAGAAUGGUGGUAAAUAUGUCUCCAUUCAUCUUCGUUUUGAAGAGGAUAUGGUUGCUUUCUCUUGUUGUGUUUUUGAUGGUGGGAAAGAGGAGAGAGAUGACAUGAUUGCAGCAAGAGAAAGAGGUUGGAAAGGGAAAUUUACAAAACGUGGACGAGUUAUACGUCCAGGAGCAAUCAGGAUCGAUGGGAAGUGUCCCCUUACUCCAUUAGAGGUUGGCCUUAUGCUUAGGGGAAUGGGUUUUACAAAGAACACCUCCAUCUAUUUGGCAUCUGGAAAAAUAUAUAAUGGCGAGAAAACAAUGGCCCCUCUAAGGGAAAUGUUUCCUAAUUUACAUACCAAGGAGACUUUAGCAUCUGAGGAGGAACUUGCCCCAUUUAAGAAUUAUUCUUCCAGGAUGGCUGCCAUAGACUAUACUGUUUGUCUUCAUAGCGAGGUGUUUGUCACAACUCAGGGUGGUAACUUCCCUCAUUUUCUACUGGGCCACCGGAGAUACUUGUAUGGUGGACACUCUAAGACAAUCAAGCCUGAUAAGCGGAAGUUGGCAUUACUCUUCGAUAGUACCAACAUUGGAUGGAAAAGUCUUAAGCACCAAUUGCUGAGCAUGAGGUCACACAGUGAUUCCAAGGGUGUUGAGCUCAAAAGGCCUAAUGACUCCACAUAUAGCUUUCCAUGUCCAGAUUGCAUGUGCCAUGCAAAUUGAACUAACGAUUCGAGAUCUUCACCAGCAAGUUGAUCUACUGACAGAGUUUUAUGGGUGUUUCUGUUUUACUAACAUGACUAUUUCAUUUUUUUCCCUUUCGAUCUGAUAAAGGGCACAUAACCCUAAUUUUGGAGGUCAACAAGAUUUUGUUCGAGGUUUCAUUGUUCUGAUUAUUUCUUGUGACUGGAUUUCAAGGAAUUGGCAUCGUUUUUUCACAUGAUGCAAGUUGAGAACAGAGUAAAAAUUGUGCAAUUGCAGGAUUCUCUCUCACAGAACGUUGACUGAGCUUUGUUUAAUAUAUUGAGUUAGCAGCUAAUGUGUUGAACAAACUAUGAAAAGACGAACUAACAUUCUAUCAUACCCUGCCUGUACAUUACCUGAUGGUUGUCAUCCGAAUCUCCUUGGGUUUAAGGCUGACAGAUUGUUGUGUACAUUAACAAAUUCAACUUCUGCAUUGAAGCUUUGUAUUUUCAUUUUUGUUUUCCCUUGUAUUGAGGGGCCCAUUUUUUGUUGUAUGUCUAUAUUUGAGUACAUUUGUUAUUCUUUUACGUUGGUACUCCAUUGUUUUAAUGAGGAUACCAGUGAAUGUAAUUACUUCCAUGAAUGACCAGCAAUUGUAAAAUAUCUAAACAGAUAUUUUCUUAGUGUUUUCGA